UUGUAAUGACAAUGAUCUCGCGAAAUCAUUGAAAUCGUUAAACAACGAUUUUAACAUAAUGGCAUGGCAUGUGAUACUGUAAUUCACAGGAGAAAAUACGGCAAAAAUUACUAUUCGAUCGAUACGUGUAAACAAUCAAAAAACAUCGUUUUGUCAAUAUCGAUGCGUCUUCAACAAAUCGAUGCUCAAUGCAUCAUUCCUAGUACUAUCAUGGCGACUGUUUUAUUUUUAAGUGAGGUUAAUUCAAAAUUAUUGAGAAUUUAUUUAAAAUCUUCAUUCAAAAGCCGAAAUUUUGGUCAUUUCACUAGUAAACAGGCACAAUCUCGUUCACAAAAACCCGCAAUUUAUUUUCUGCAAAAGUCGACCACUGCCAAAAAAGACUCAGACAAACCUAAAAAAGUAAACGCCAGCGUACUCAGUCAAGUUCUAAAUAAAUUCAGUAAGGGCCCCACUAGUUUACCAAGUCCUCAACCUGCGAGAGGAUGUUUUCAUCCAGGAGCCUCCGUGUUGUCUCGCGAUGCUAUUCCAUUGGAAGGCAGCAAGCCUGUUACUGGUACACAAAUGAUUACUGGUAUGUUACAGUAUAUUUGGCCAAAAGAUAACAAAGAGAUAAGGGAUAGAGUAAAAUUAGCAGUAUCUUUACUUAUUGGAGCAAAAUUAAUGAACGUUUGUGUCCCAUUUAUUUUCAAAUAUUCAAUAGAUUAUCUAAAUGUCCAAUCUGGAUCUGUUUUAAAUUUGGAUUCUGCUCCUGAAACAGUCGCCACGGUGGCUACAAGUUUACUACUAGGAUAUGGUAUUGCUAGGGCUAGUGCUUUAGGUUUCAAUGAGUUACGAAAUGCAGUUUUUGCAAAAGUAGCCCAACAUUCUAUAAGAAAAAUUGCCAAAAACGUCUUUUUACAUCUACACAACUUGGAUUUGUCCUUUCACUUGAGUAGGCAAACAGGUGCUCUUUCAAAAACCAUAGACAGGGGUUCCAGAGGCAUCAAUUUCGUAUUGACAGCGAUGGUUUUCAAUGUCGUCCCUACCAUAUUUGAGCUAGCAUUAGUCUCAAGUAUUUUAGGCAUACAAUGUGGGGCAGCAUUUGCAGGAAUUUCCAUGGGUUGUGUAGGAGUUUAUGCUGCAUUUACUUUAGCUGUAACCCAAUGGCGCACUAAAUUUAGAAUAUUCAUGAAUAAAGCUGAAAACGAGGCUGGAAAUAAAGCUAUAGAUUCUUUAAUAAAUUACGAGACAGUUAAAUAUUUCAACAAUGAAAAAUAUGAAGCUGACAGAUAUGAUUUUGCCCUGAAACAAUAUCAGGAUGCUAGUUUGAAAACAAGUACAAGCUUGGCAAUGUUGAAUUUUGGUCAAAACGCUAUUUUUAGUGCUGCAUUAAGUGCUAUCAUGAUCUUAGCUGCAAGAGACAUUUUGCAAGGAAAUUUGACUGUAGGUGACUUAGUUAUGGUCAAUGGGCUUUUAUUUCAAUUAUCCAUCCCACUAGGAUUUUUAGGCAGCGUCUACAGAGAAGUGAGGCAAGCCCUCAUAGACAUGCAAACAAUGUUCACUUUAAUGGCAAAGGAUCCUCUUAUAAAAAGUAAGCCUCAGGCACCUUAUUUGCAUGUGGAUACAAAAUCAACCCCAAUUAUUUUUGAUAAUGUUAGUUUUGAUUAUGGUCCUGGAAAAGAAAUUUUAAAUAAAUUAAAUUUGACCAUAGAACCAGGCAAAAAGAUUGCCGUUGUUGGUGGUUCUGGUUCAGGAAAAACAACCCUAGUAAGGCUUUUGUAUAGAUUUUUUGAGCCUGCUCAGGGUCGUAUUUUAAUCGGAAACCUAGACAUAAGGGAUGUUGAUUUGGACAGCCUCAGAAGAUCAAUUUCUAUUGUUCCUCAAGAUUCUGUAUUAUUUCACGACACUAUCAUGCACAAUUUACGAUACGGCGACUUGAAUGCUAGCGAAGAAAAAGUUAUUGAAGCAGCGAAAAUGGCCGAGAUUCACGAUUCUAUUGUACGUUGGCCGAAAGGCUAUCAAACGCAAGUGGGAGAGAGGGGCCUCAAACUAUCCGGAGGUGAAAAACAACGUGUUGCUAUUGCCCGAGCUAUUUUGAAAAAUUCUCCAAUUUUGGUAUUUGAUGAAGCUACAAGCUCUUUGGAUUCCAUAACUGAACAUAACAUCUUAAAAGCUCUUAGAAAUGCCACCAAAAAUCGCACCUCGAUAGUCAUAGCCCAUAGAUUGAGUACGAUAAUGGAUGCUGAUGAAAUUUUUGUAUUGGAAAGAGGGAGUGUCAGUGAAAGAGGAACACACAUGGAACUUAUGCAGAACGUCAACAGUUUAUACUAUAAAUUGUGGACAACGCAAAAUCACGGCUACAAAGAAACUGUGAGAAGUGUGAAAAGGGACGCGGAAACAAUCAAAGAGAAAACUAUUUGAAUAUUUCAACAACAAAUAAAAUCAUGUACAUAUUAUACAAUAUAUUUUUCGUUGUAAUUUAAUUGUAUUUUAUUUGUGUAAAAUAAAUAUGUAAAUAUAUUUAUUAAAUAAUUUAUAUUUCAUAAAAAUAACAAAUAUAAAUAAAUAUGAUAUACAUUCAACAUUGGUAUAUUGUCACUGGGCAACGUUACCAAACAGUUCCCUCAUGAUAUUCCUUCGUUUUUGUUGGUCCUCUACAUCUAAUAAAGCUUCACUAUCGCCAUUAUCUAUAGCGCGUAGUGUCGCUAAUAACUUCCUCUUAUUUUCCAAAUCGACUAGAGAUUUAGUAUUGUUUUGAUUACUGUUACUUUCCUUUUGGAAUUUGAGCUCUUCAUUUAAAAUAUCAUGGACGAGGUCCAUGUCGUCUCCCAUCUUAAAAAAUGACUGUUUCAAUUUAUUUUCGGUUUGUUCAGUUUUCUUGAAAGUAUCCAAUAUUGUGUCUGUAUCUUUUUUUGAAUCUUUCAGGCUUUUCUUGUGGUAAUUGAUGACUUUAUUGCAAGUUUUAACGUUGUC